CCUUGAAGGGAUGUCAUUUUAUUUCUGCAAGCCGACUUUGUCAUUGUAAUGGAUUAGCGAUGAUUUCGCAUUUGACCAUGGAACAAAGAAAACCUCGAGCAGGUUUCCUGGCAGGAUGCAUCGUCGCUGCGCUAUUGUUGAGUGUGACCGAGGCUCAGUUGAGAUAUUCCAUUUCCGAGGAAGUCGUUGAAGGAACUGUGGUUGGAAACGUAGCAAAGGAUCUGGGAUUGGACAAAAACACUCUGAAAAUCAGGAGGUGUCGAAUUGUUUCCAGUGAUAUGGAUCCCUUAUUCACAAUAAACCACGUCGACGGUAUUCUGUAUGUGAACCGGAACAUUGACCGAGAGGACGUGUGCCCGCAAAGUAGCUCGUGUGUGAUGAAUGUGAAAAUUGUGCUCGAAAACCCACUGGAGGUGCAUUAUGUAGAAGUGGAAGUGCUGGAUAUUAAUGAUCACUCACCAACUUUCCCGGAGAGAGAAAAACGACUGGAGAUUUCAGAGUCCGCCUUGCCUGGAGCGCGAUUUCAGUUGAAGCCUGCACGAGAUCCAGAUAGCGGUCAAUUUUCAGUGCAACAAUAUAAAUUAAGCCAAAGUGAUCAUUUUCGAUUGGAAGUCAAAGAUAAAGGGGAAGAUGGAAAAAUACCGAUUCUAGUUGUGAAAAAAUCUUUAGACAGGGAAACUGUAGAUAGUCAUUUACUGUUACUGACAGCUCUUGAUGGGGGUAAACCGGCUAAAUCAGGAACAACUGAAAUUAUGAUAAAGGUUUUAGACCUCAAUGACAAUGCACCUGUUUUCUUAUUGGACGAUUAUUUGGCGAGGGUUGAUGAAAAUACUCCUGUUGGUAAAGUAAUCAUACAAGUGAAUGCAACGGAUUUAGAUGAUGGUAGUAAUGGAGAAGUAGUUUACUCAUUUGGCAGCACUAUGAAUCCAAAUAUAUUAAGGCUUUUUGAUAUCAAUUCAUUAACAGGGGAGUUAACUGUCAAAGGUCUGUUAGACUAUGAGGAGAAGGAUAAAUAUGAAAUUGAAAUUGAGGCAUCCGACAAAGGUACUGCUCCUCUGACCACAGAGAAAACUGUGAUCAUAAAAAUAGUCGAUGUGAAUGAUAAUGUACCUGAGAUUGAGGUAACCUCAUUUUCCAACUCAAUACCUGAAGAUUCCAGACCUGGGACUACAGUAGCUCUCAUCAGUGUGAAUGACUUAGACUCUGGGCUGAAUGGAAAGGUGGUAUGCACUGUCAGCAAUGACAACCCAUUCACUCUAACACCAUCCUUAAAAGACAACAUGUUUUCAUUAGUGACCAAAGAGCCUCUGGACCGAGAGAAAAAGCCACAGUAUGAAGUGACAAUAAUGGCAAAAGAUGCAGGUCAGCCACCAUUAACAUCCGAAAAGACCAUUAGUGUUGUGGUGUCAGAUGUGAAUGACAACAAACCGGAGUUUACACUAAACCCAUAUACUUUCUAUGUCAGUGAAGCGAAUGAACCAGGCGCCACUGUGUUUUCUGUCAAAGCUUUUGAUCAUGAUGACAAUGACAAUGCACUAAUUUCAUAUCAUAUUUAUAGGGAUGGAAAUGUAGAAAAUAAAAUAACUUCAUUUCUCAACAUAAAUUCUGAAAAUGGAGAUAUUGUGGCACUGAAAAGAUUCGACUUUGAGACUCUGAAAACUUUCCAGUUCCACGUUGUUGCCACAGACUCUGGAACUCCGUCACUCAGCAACAAUGUGACAGUCAACGUGUUCAUUCUGGAUCAGAAUGACAACUCUCCAGUCAUCCUGUAUCCACUCAGCUCCAACGGCUCUGCUGAAGGUGUGGAGGAGAUUCCCCGCAAUGUCAACGCAGGACACUUGGUGACUAAAGUCAGAGCCUAUGAUGCUGACAUAGGAUACAACGGCUGGCUGUUGUUCUCACUGCAAGAAGUUAGUGACCACAGUCUCUUUGGUUUGGACCGCUACACAGGACAGAUCAGGACACUUCGUUCAUUCACAGAGACAGACGAGGCUGAACAUAAACUGGUCAUCCUGGUCAAAGACAAUGGAAAUGUUUCACUGUCAGCAACAGCGACAGUGAUUGUCAAACUUGUGGAGCCCAAAGAAGCUUUUGCAGCUUCUGAUGUGAAAAGUGCAGCAAAAGUAGAUGACGCAGACAACGUCACAUUGUACCUGAUGAUAACUUUAGGAUCAGUCUCAGUACUUUUCCUUGUCAGUAUCAUCGUGCUGAUUGCAAUGCAGUGCUCUAAAUCCUCUGAGUAUACUUCUAAAUAUCUACAAGAGACUAAUUAUGAUGGGACGCUGUGUCACAGCAUUCAGUACAGAUCCGGAGAUAAACGCUAUAUGUUGGUUGGACCGAGAAUGAGUAUUGGAUCUACUAUAGUCCCUGGCAGUCAUGCAAAUACGCUGGUGCUACCUGACAGGCGAAAGACAUCGGAAGAGGUAAGGAGCUCAAAGCUAAAUCUUGCGGUCUCAGCCCAAAUAAGGUACUCGGUUUCAGAGGAAGUCAGUGAAGGAACUGUGGUCGGAAACAUAGCAAAAGAUCUGGGAUUGGAAAAGAGCACACUGAGCAACAGAAAGUAUCGGAUUGUUUCCAGUGACGCCGACAGCCUUUUCAAUUUAAACAACGAUGGUAUUCUCUGUGUGAGCCGAAAGAUUGACCGAGAGGAGUUCCAAGUUAUAGCCACAGAUUCUGGAACUCCGCCACUCAGCAACAACGUGACAGUCAACGUGUUCAUUCUGGAUCAGAACGACAACGCUCCAGUCAUCCUGUAUCCACUCAGCUCCAACGGCUCUGCUGAAGGUGUGGAGGAAAUUCCCCGCAAUGUCAACGCAGGACACCUGGUGACUAAAGUCAGAGCCUAUGACGCUGAUAUUGGAUAUAACGGCUGGCUGUUGUUCUCACUGCAGGAAGUUACUGACCACAGUCUCUUUGGGUUGGACCGCUACACAGGACAGAUCAGGACACUUCGUUCAUUCACAGAGACAGACGAGGCUGAACAUAAACUGGUCAUACUGGUCAAAGACAAUGGGAAUGUUUCACUGUCAGCAACAGCGACAGUGAUUGUCAAACUUGUGGAGCCCAAAGAAGCUUUUGCAGCUUCUGAUGUGAAAAGUGCAGUAACACAUGACGACAAUGACAAUGUGACUUUUUACCUGAUGAUCACUUUGGGCUCCGUUUCUGUACUUUUUCUGGCGAAGGACAUCUGA